AAUUCUGACACGUCAAUACAUCACAUUAGUGAACAAAAUAAGUUGGGGAAAUCUGCAUGGUUUCAAUACAAGUGUUUUAAUGCUCUUCUUUUUGGGAUAACUGUAUUUUCUUAAUCCUUAUAUGUGAGCACAAACCUGAUUAACUUUAUACAUUGUCAGGGUAAUGGAACAAUCAAAAGAUGCCUAUCAAUAGGAAGCCUACUGCUGCGUCGCGUCUUAAACAAGACUACAUGAGGCUGAAAAAGGAUCCUGUGCCCUACAUUACAGCUGAGCCCUUGCCGUCAAACAUACUUGAAUGGCACUUUGUAGUGAAAGGACCAGAAGAUACGCCUUACCUGGGUGGCUAUUACCAUGGAAAAUUACUAUUCCCGCGUGAUUUUCCCUUCAGACCUCCAGCAAUCUAUAUUAUCACACCAAAUGGUCGCUUUAAGCCCAACACAAGACUUUGUCUGUCCAUUUCCGAUUUUCAUCCAGAUAGUUGGAAUCCCGCCUGGUCUGUAGCUACAAUUCUUACUGGACUAUUAAGUUUUAUGUUGGAGAGUACUCCUACCCUGGGAUCUAUUGACUCUACAAGUUAUGAAAAAGAACGCUUUGCGCGUCGUUCGAUUACCUUUAACAUACGGAACGAGACAUUCCGUGAACUUUUUCCAGACAUAUGUAAUGAAAUGGAGGCAGAAAUACGUGAUCGAGGUGAUAUGCCAGAGGAGCCAAGCGAGUCUGAACAACGGCGGGUUGUAGCAUGCGAUUCUGUUGCCACACAGUGGAAUAACCUUGGCACUAAUGUGAUCGUUGUGCUGAUCUUGGCCAUAUUUGCUCUUAUUGUCAACUACAUUGUAAAGAGCAUGUUAAUGGAAUGAUGAAGAGUUAUCUUAGUAAAGUCAUUUUUGUCUGAG